AUGAAGUGGCUGCAUCUUCUCUGCCUCAGUCUCCUGGCACUGGGAUGUAUCCUGGAUGUGCACGGUGGGAACAGCAUCCUUGACUGCUGCUUGUGGAUGAGCGAGAGGCCCACCCAGCGGCGGAUAGUGCAGGAUUACCGGCUCCCGCCGCCGCCGGAUGGCUGCGACAUCCCAGCUGCCGUGUUCAUAACCACAAAGGGCAAGCGCCUCUGUGCCCCCCCUCCAGACCCGUGGGUAGUUCGCCUCCAAGAGAAGCUGGACACCAGCUCUGCCAGGAAGGCUCAAAUUUGA